AUGGGGGCUGCUAGGGCAGUGGCUGCCGCCGUGGCGGCAGUCGUUGCAUCAUCGUCUCUGAUGAAGGAGAAUGUGUACGCCGACAGUCCUUUCCGCUUCUCGCCGUUCGGUUCUACUUCGCCAUCGCCGGCGCCUUCGCCUUCGUCCCAACCUUCAUCUUCGUCCCCAUCUUCCUCUUCGUCCUCUCCAUCUGGGGCUCACGUCCCUGCACCGGAGAGCUCCGGUGCAGCUGCUGCAGCGGCGGACAAGCCUGCGGAGCAACCGAAGGUUCGAAACGACAACCCGAGAACUACGGCCGCCGGGUUUGAUCCGGAGGCGCUGGAGAGGGGGGCAAAAGCCCUCAAGGAGAUCAACAGCUCGUCUCAAGCCAAGAAGGUGUGUGGAUCCUUUGGUUGUUUAUGACGUGUCGUACAGUCGAUCGAAUAUGUAAUUUGACGUUUCCUGCGCUCAUGGUCAGGUUUUUGAGAUCAUGAAGAAACAGGAAGAGACGAGGCAGGUUGAGUUGACGACUAAGAAGGCGGAGUUCCUGGCCCUACAAGCUCAACAUGAAACUGUACGGUUGUGUGGAAGUUUACCUCUGUGAUCCAUUAUUCCAUUUCUUUGAUCACUUCUUCUUUGAACAUAAAUAUUCUUUAUGAAAAUGGGCGUUUGUUUCACCAAUGGGCGCGACACAGGAUAUGGGCCAUCCAGCAAUGUAGCCCUUUUCAAAUUUCUUUGUCUGGUCAACUCUUGAUUUCUGCUUCUAUAUUUAUAAAUCAAUUUUUUUGGCAUACACAAGAAUGAGAGAUUCUGUACUACCAUGUCUACACUUUGCUAUUCUAAUGGCCCUGCUCCUGUUAGUUAAUGGGAAUAUCUUCUCUUGAAUGGGCACCCGGUGGAAAAAGCAAGAAAGACUGCGGCUGAGAGGAUUUAGUGUUGGACGUGAUCACUUCUGUGCAGUGCUGAAGUACAUAGUGCUUGAUAUGCUUCAUGUUCUUACUUGGAAAAUUCUUGGUAUUUACGUGUUCAAGGAUUACUAAUUGACAUAAUUCGGAUAUUCAUAAGACUUUUAUCUUGUAGGAAAGGCAACGGGUAAUAUAUGAUGAGCAAAAAAAGUUAACUCAACAGCAGGCACAAACUAAAGCUCAAAUGGCCCGUUAUGAGGAUGAAUUAGCGCGGAAGAGGAUGCAGGCAUGCUUUAAAAUUUAUUUGCAUGUAAAAUAAAAUAAGACAAUAUCAAAUUAAUUAUUUAAUCCUGUGUGCAGGCAGAGCAUGAAAGCCAAAGAGCAAGAAAUCAAGAGCUUGUGAAAAUGCAAGAAGAAUCAUCCAUCAGACUGGAGCAAGCUCGACGUGCUACCGAAGAGCAGAUUCAAGCACAGCGAAGGCAAACAGAAAGGGAGAGGGCAGAGAUAGAGCGGGAAACAAUCAGAGUGCGAGCACUGGCAGAAGCAGAAGGAAGAGCUCAUGAGGCUAAAUUAGCAGAAGAUGUAAAUAGAAGAAUGCUAGUUGAACGGGCCAAUGCAGAGAGAGAUAAAUGGGUUGCAGCAAUAAACACAACUUUUGACCAUAUAGGAGGUGCAAAUGGCUUACUCUAAUCUACGCAAUUCAUGUAAUUUUUGCAUUCACGCCUAUCUUUCUGAUUCCUUAAAUACAAUUAAAUAAUAUAUUUUUACAAGAUUUUAAUGUAGAAAAAAUAUCCUAAUGUUUAGAGCUGAUGGCGAUUUUUAAAUGAAGGUGCCAAAUGGAUUGAUGUAUUCAUUAUUAUUUUUUUCCUGCUGUACACUAUCUUAGCAUCACUUGAAGUUGGAGUUGGGUUUGCUUGGUAAUAGUGAAGUAUAAUGCGACAAGAGUGGGUUUACUGGAACAAAGAGGUCCGGUAAUGUGGGUCUUGCAUACGUGUUCAUGGUGAAUCGUCAUGAAUGUCUAUAGAAAUGCUGAGGAAACUGGGAGAAAUUGUUUUAAGGUUGUAUGAAUGCAAUUAUUGUCGUGUGGUCAUCUUUGGGCCGCAGGACAGUCUAUGCCUAUUUGUUUCAAUACUAGUCAAGGGGAGAGGGGAGCCCAUGACAGGAGAUGAAGUUGAAGGACAUUUUAGAAACAAAAAAGAAGCUGAACAUAUAUAAAUUUGAGGAAUCUUCUAUGUUGUACGAUAGGGUGGAGCUUCAGUUAUGUCAUUCUGUUUAGCAUGGCGAGGGGAGGUUUUGGACUAAGAAACCUAGGUGCUAGAAAUGUUGCAUUUCUGAGCAAAUGCUUAUGAUGGCCAGGAUGAAACGGUCGUCAUUUUGUGUGCCAUACUUUAUUCGUUAGCUGGGUUAUUGAAGGCAAAAAAUACCCUUGACUCAAGUUAAGUGAUUCAUGAAAUACCGUUGACCUCAGGUUGUGAUCCUUGACCUAGCAUUUUUGGUUUGUGGUUUCUCUAUACAAACUUAUGAGCCAUUUAGUAUGAUGAAAAUGAUGCAGCAUUUUAGGAUCUAGAGAUUUCAGGAUUGUGACAAAGAAGAUGAGCAAUUAUUUAUGAAUUGGAUCGCAGUGCUCUUUGAAAUAUCUAAAGAAACUUGGUAUGCCUUAUGUUAGCAUGAUGUACAAAAUAGGCUGAUUCAGUGGGAGUACCUGAGCAUCGUGUGAGGUUAAAGUUGAGGAAAACAAUGCAACUUGAGGUUCUCUUAGUCCCCAGUGGAACUAGUACUUUUAACUGAUACACUAGAGGAAGAUGGAACAGUCACAUUUGCAGGCCGUAAAUAAAGAAUGAUGGAAAAGGAAAACCAGGUGCUGCUGCCAAUUGCAACCACUGUGGUCCACGGGCUGUCAUGCACUAUUGCUCUAUAUGCCAGCUUAUUCUCCCUUCUGGAGAGGAUAGGGGAUUAGGGGGAUAGAUUAACAGGUGAGGGAAUUAAUGAAGGGUGUGGUCUUUUUUUAAGUGUUUGAUUUGGAACCUUAAUACAUUUACACCUUAUAUUUAUUAUGAACAGCAUAAAAUUUCACAUCUUUUUGGUUUUCCUAACUGGAUUCGAUUUUUCCGUGAAUUAGCGAUUCCACGCAUCUAAUUCUGAUUCAAAUAGGAUGGGGCCUUCUGAGUGAGGGAUCUGAUCGGAUCUGGGAGGAAAUAUUUGUAACUUUCUGAUCGUUUGCUACAUUCCAUCUCCUUGUUCUGCAAUUCCCCUUUUCCUCACCCUUUUAUGAUGCGUAAAUUUUAGGGGGUCCAACAGUGGACCAGGGCUAAGUAAGUACACUGCAUGUAAAAAAAUUAUGGCUUCAAUCUUUACCUUUUCUCCGAAGGAAAAGAAUGAUUAAUGCACUUAGACAUUAUACCACACUUUACUGCAAAAGCUAAUGUUUAAAUUUGGACCUUGGGAGGUUUGCCCUCUGAUUUAAGUUUAAGAUUUGUAAGCUACCGUGGACAUCAUAAUUUUAGUUUAUGGUUAUUUAAAAACAUACACCAUAUCAUUGCCUAUUUGUGGUCUAGGUUGCCAUAGGAGGAUCUUAACUUUAUAACUAGAGAGAAAGACCAUGUAAGAACAUGGUUACUCCAUGCUUGACUUCGUCCAUGGUACGUUUCACCAACACACAUGUUAAACGAAAGUAUUUGAUGGCAGCUGUCAGUGGCAAUUUCUAUUUUAAGAUUGGUUAAUCGUGCUUUUUGUUUCCUGGUUAAUUUAUUUUUUUAGGGGUUUAACUGAUUGAUCAGAAUAAUAUGAUUUUUCCUGUUUUCGUCCUAAGAUUGUCUAAAUUAUGCCAUUUGCUUUUCGUGGAACCAAUAAUGCAGGAGGUUUGCGGGCUAUACUGACUGAUCAGAAUAAGUUGAUCGUAGCUGUUGGAGGUGUAACUGCCCUUGCUGCAGGAGUCUACACAACCAGGUUUUCUUUCACUUUUUAGAGAUUUAAUUUCCUGUUCAUCAUUCAUUUAUGCUCUUUAUUUCUUCACAAGGAGUAUACAUUGCAGUUUGAAUCUUAAUGCAACAACAACAUGAUCGUCCUCUUUAAGUCACUGAGGACAUUUUCCACAUUUCUAAGCUUCGAUGCCGUGCUAUCUUAACUUAUCCAAGACCUAACUGUACGAUAAUUCAUUAUGUUGCAUUAGAUCCACAACAUUAGGUUGCAUGGUGGAUGUUAAUCAUAAUUGACCAGAAGGGGCUUCGGUUGCCCUUAUCCAUAUGCGGAAGAAAUCCCUGUUCAUAUUCGCAGAAAGAGUGGGUUUAUCUCCUAAGAGACAAUUGAAUUGCCUAUUUUCCUUUCCAGAGACAAGCUCUUUGUUCCAUUCGCCUUCUCACUAGUGCAAGUGAAACCAUUAGUUAAUUUUUUCGAUGGUAGCAGCUUGGUCCCUUGUAUGAUGGUGUGCUGUAGAUUGGUCGAUCAACAACUUCACGUGUGGGCUGAAUUGCCACCAUUAUCUAGGCUGAAAGUUUGCUUUCAUGCUUUUGGGCAAAGUUUUGAGGGCGAUAAUGGAAUUAAAAUUGAAGUUUCGCCUUCUCUACUUUAUGUUUUGUGGGCUGAAGUUGUUUUUUAAUACUUGAUGGGUGCUUAUCAUUUUUCCUUUUUCUUUUUUUUUUUUUCCUUCUAAGCGAGAGUAUCUUCUGUUUGCUCUUUUGCCUGAACAGAGAGGGUGCUCGGGUUGUUUGGGGCUACAUCGACAGAAUACUAGGUCAGCCAUCGCUGAUUAGGGAGUCAUCCAGAGGGAAGUACCCUUGGUCUGGUUUUCUCUCUUGUUCUUUUAGUUCAUUGUUCAAGAAGGCUGAUAGAGGAGUUGGCUCUGGAGCGAAUGGAAAUGGGUUUGGUGAUGUGAUUCUGCAUCCCUCUCUGCAGAAGAGAAUCCAACAGCUUGCCAGUGCAACUGCGAAUACCAAGGCUCAUCAAGCGCCAUUUCGCAACAUGCUGUUUUAUGGUCCCCCAGGAACAGGCAAAACCAUGGCUGCUCGAGAGCUUGCUCAGAAAUCUGUACGUCAUGUCAUGCAUUUAGUAUUUUUUUUCUCCCCCCCUAGACGAAGAAAAAUGAGCUUCUCCAAGGCAUGGUUAUUUACCUGUUUGGCAUGGUUUCUCAGGGCCUUGACUAUGCAUUGAUGACCGGUGGCGAUGUUGCUCCUCUUGGGCCUCAGGCUGUGACCAAGAUACAUCAGUUAUUUGAUUGGGCCAAAAAGUCUCGAAGAGGUUUGCUGCUCUUCAUUGAUGAAGCAGAUGCAUUCUUGUGCGAGUAAGUGCGCUCUGCUCCAUGCGAGUCUUCAAUACUCGCGUAGAUUACUGCGUUACUUACUGCCAUGCUUCGCUUCAUCUCCAGGCUAACAAAACCCAAACUCUAAUAUCUCAACUUGCAUCGAUCGCCACGCUAUUUCCAACAUCUUAUAUAUGAAAAACGUGUGCAGAAGGUAGUUUUUCACUGAAAUGGGUCUUUGAGCAUAGAUACACACGGAUCUUUAUGUAGGGUCGCAUGCAUAAAUGGAGCCGUACAGAUCCGUGUACACGUUUUCAAGAGCACGGACGAAUCAACCUCGUCAUAUUCUUUGAGCCAUCCCUCCCACACCCCUCUCCCUCCUAUGCUUUGGACCAGCAUCACCCAGUUGUAAGACCUCAUCAGUCUUUUGUGCAAAAUCAUCCGCUGCCAAUGUCAUUGCCUAUUAUUCUCUUUCUGCUCCUCUUCGCCACAGGGAAGAUGUCGAUGCCCGUGGCUGUUUCUAUGGAAUGCUUCUAAGCUAGUCUUUAUCUGAUCAUCCACUGUCCUUAGUUCUUGUUUUUGAGCACAGAUCUAUGCGGCCAUAUGACAAAAGAAAAUAAUUGCAGGAGGAACAAGACUUACAUGAGUGAAGCCCAGCGGAGCGCGUUGAAUGCGCUUCUCUUCCGUACUGGAGAUCAAUCCAAGGAUAUUGUGCUUGCUCUGGCCACGAAUCGACCGGGCGACCUCGACUCUGCAGUUUCGGACCGUAUUGACGAGGUCCUCGAGUUUCCCCUGCCAGGGGAGGAUGAACGCUUCAAGCUUCUCAAGCUCUACCUCGACAAGUACAUUGCAAGAGCAGGAGAGAGGCGACCUGGUUGGCGCUCCUUAUUCCGGAGGCAGCAGCAGAAGAUUGAGAUGAGAAAUCUGACCGAUGAUAUUAUCAGGGAGGCUGCGGCUAAGACUGAGGGGUUCUCUGGUAGAGAGGUGGCUAAGUUGAUGGCCGGCGUUCAGGCGGCUGUCUAUGGGAGCAAGGACUGUGUGCUUGACCCGGGCUUGUUCCUGGAAGUUGUUGACUACAAGGUUGCUGAGCACCAACAGAGGAGGAAGCUUGCAGCUGCCGACCAGGCGCCCUAA